AUGUUCAAUUACCAACCGACAGGGAUGGGGUAUAACCCCAACCAGCAGCAGCAGCAACCUAUCUACCCGCAACAGACAGCUUUUGGGCAACCGAAUUUGUACGGUUCAAACAUCCAACCGGGUUAUAUUCAAACACAGCCCACGGGAUUCGGUGGAGCGCCCACGGUGAUUGAAAAUAAGGAACUCAAGAUUCCAAGCACCAGACUAUCAUUCAUCACAGUGCAGGACCAAAAGAAGUUUGAGCAUUUGUUUAGAACCGCGGUUCCACGAGGAGAACAGGCCAUCACGGGCGAUGCUGCGAGCAACAUCCUUUUGAGGUCCGGGUUGAAUCCUGUCGUCUUGGCCGAGAUCUGGACAUUGUCGGACAUGGACAAGACUGGGGCCUUGUUAUUUCCUGAGUUUGCGUUGAGUUUGCAUUUGACAAACAUGGCCAAGCGGGGAGAAGCACUUCCCGGGGUGCUUCCUGAGAAAUGGCUGAACGAAGUCAGGAGCUUUAUGGACGCCAUCAAUUUCAGCGUGCCCGACGAUCCCAACAAGAUCUUGGCAAACACCCCAUUUGCAAAGAAGGACGAUUGGAUGACGCAACCAACGGGGGUUGGCAAUUGGAUGCAACCGCAGGCAACCGGGUUCCAACAAAACUCGUGGAUGCAACCGCAAGCUACUGGGUUUGGACAACAACCACAACCACAAGCUACGGGGUUUGGACAACUACCACAAGCUACAGGAUUCGGACAGCAACAACCUCCACAAGCUACUGGAUUUGGACAGCAGUUGGCACCUCAGGCGACUGGAUUUGGACAACCGCCACCACCGACAUCGUUUGGCCAACCGGGCAGCUUUGUUCCUUUGCAACCUCAACAAACCGCAGGGUUGAUUCAAAAAAACACGGGUCUUCAACCGCAAGUGACUGGCUUCCUUUCGCAACAGCGCACUGGUGGCUUGGCGCCACAAGUAACAGGAGGAUUGCAGCAGCAAAGAACUGGAGGAUUGGCACCUCAAACAACUGGUUUCCAGACUGGGUUUAAUACCAUUGGGUUGCAACCUAACAAAACGGGUCCUUUACAGGCCAACAGAACGGGACCCGGCUUUGCUCCUUUGCAGCAGCAGCAACAACCUACUUCUGGUUUCUUACAGCAGCAGCAAACUGGGUAUUUACAGCAACAGCCUACCGGCAUGUUGCAACAACAACCGACUGGAUACUUGCAAGCUCAACCCACGGGUAGACCCGGUGAGUGGGGCUUUGUGUCGAUGCCCACAGGAGGGAUGCCCGGUUUAAACACCAUGCAGCAAGUUUUCCAACCAAACAAUACCCAGAAUUAUCAAGAUUUAAACAAAGCAAUGAAUAGUAAUUCGCUUAGCAACGUCACUUGGGCCAUUUCCAAACAGGAGAAGCAAAUCUACGACAAUUUGUUCCAGGCUUGGGAUACUGGCAGAAAUGGCUACGUCGAUUCAAACGUUGCAUUGAAUGUGUUUACAAAGUCUGGCUUGAGUAGACAAGAUUUAGAAGCUAUUUGGAACUUGGCCGAUACUGAUGAUGUUGGAAAAUUGAACAAGAACCAAUUUGCUGUUGCGAUGCAUUUGAUUUACAGAAGACUCAAUGGAUUGGACAUUCCGCUUAGAUUGCCACCGGAGUUGAUUCCACCCGCAGACAAGACUUUAAGAGACACUAUGGAUAGCUUGAAGAACUCUUUGAAAAACGGCGGAGGGAAGCAGUCAAAGCUGAAGCCGCAAACUAAGCCAGACGGAACUAGGUUCAAGAAUGACGAUAACCAUACUGGAUAUGUUUCCGGCUCUAGGUACGGAAGGAAAUCAGAAGCGAAACCAAAAUCUGGGACUGCUACUGACCACGAUCUCAGUAUUGAUGACUUGAAGAAGCGCAUUCGUGAAAAGAAGAUAUUGUUGGAUGCCAUGGACGUUGAAGACGAGGAGAAGCGUGGAUUUGACCUGAGAGAAGUGGAUCAAUUAAAGAGCAAGAUUUAUGAGAUUCAAACCAAGAUCACCACUACGGAAGAUGGCAGCAACCAAAAGCAAGCUCUCCUCGAUAGGUUAAACAACGGAAGAAGCAAGAUCUCAAAGUUGAUUUCGAGUUUGAACCAGGUCAACAACGAGAUUUCAAAGCGAAACAUUGAGUUGGUCAAAAUCACUUUGAAGCAAGAGAAUCCAUUGUGGGAUGACAGUAAUGUAGACUUGAACGCUUCAAGUGACAGCAGCAGGUUUGACUUGAAGCAAAAAAUGGCCAUGUUGACGGGCAAGGGCAGCGGGUCCGGUUUGGUGGACAGAAAAUUCCGCGAGGCAGUUGACAAACAGAAGACCGAAUUGAACAAUCAAACAGAAAUGGUGAGAGACAUUGAAUCGGGCAUCAAAGUCUUGGAAGACCAAUGCGCCUCGAAAUUGAACACUUCUGUGAGACAUGCGGUUGGUUAUGAGAAAUGGGAAAAGGGAUUUGGCGUGAGUGGUGCAGUUGCUGAGUUUGUAAGGGAGUUGGCUAAACUCCAAACACCCGCAGUGGCCAGGAAAGCACCUGGGGCCAACUUGGUUGAAUCGAAACCAGUCACUGGAGCAGCGCCUCCUUCUUCAGCGGAUACACGUGCAACAGAAAAGCUCGCAACGGAGAAGUCUGCAGCCAGUUCGUCGAGUGCAGUCUACACUACCCCGGAGGAGAGGGCUGCUUACAUCAAGGCUGAAGCAGCAAAGAGAAUGGCAUCGAGACUUGAAAAGUUGGGGAUAAGCCGCUCCAAGCGCGGUGGUAGACCUACAGAAAAGACUGAGACAGAAGCUGACAAGGAAGUGGCAAAACCAUCGACUCUGCAAGCCGAGAGCCCAAUCAAACAGGAGCCCCAAACCUCUCAGCCGGAAAUUGGUAUUGCGAAACAACCCAAGGGAAACUCCAGAUGGGGUGGUGAAAGUAUUGGCAAUACUCCAAAACAUGAAGAUGCACCAAGAGAAGAGGCUAAGGAGGUGAAAGCUGAGGCGCCCGUCAAGCAGGAGCCGGUUUCUGUUCCCUCCGUUCCCGAGACCCCUAAAGCUGAACCUGUUCCUCCACCACCUCAAGUUCAGGAGACUCAAUCAAUUAAACCAGCGUCGAGUUAUGUUCCCCCAGUUGGAAAAACUGUUCCAGAAAAGGUUUCCGAACCAGCUGCUGUUGAGCCAAAAGUCGCAGCAGUAGCAGCACCACCGGUUGAAGCUCCAAAGCAAGCUCCAGCUAGCGUUCCCAGACACGAAAACAACCCAUUCUUUAAAAACAAAUUUCAGCCGGUGGAUCCGCAAAAGGCAAGUAUCCAACGUGGCUUCCAACGCGGUACUUCAAACGCCAACAGCUGGAGUGACUCAGAAGACGAAGACUCGGAGGAUGAUGACGAUGCUCCUAAUAGAGCGGGAGCUGCUCAGCUUGCAAAUUUGAUGUUUGGAGGCAUGCCUAUGCAGCACACGGGCGGUGCAAACAUUUCACAAGCGAAGCCCGAGCCAAAAACCAAUCAUGAAACUUUGCAAAAGGAAGAGAAGCCGGUGGAGCCUGCGGCAGAGCCCAAGGCAGUUGAACCAGCAAGCAUCUUACCACCACCUCCUCCUCCUCCUGCACCAGAUGCUUCUGCUGCACCGGCGGUGCCUUCAUUUGAAGCACCACCACCAUCUCCUCCUGUUAGCGUUUCUCAACCGCCUUCACUCCCAGAGGACGUUCCACCGCCACCCCCUCCCCCUUCACUCCCAGGAAGUUUCCCACCAGCGCCACCUUCAUUGCCAGAAAGUAUGCCUCCUCCUCCUCCACCACCACCGGCUCCCCCUGCCGGUGGAUUCUCCGCAGCACCACCACCACCUCCACCACCUGCUCCCACUGCCGGUGGAAUCCCCGUACCUCCCUCGUUUGAUGCUGGCAGCAGUGCUCCUCCACAAGCCCCAAACAUUGGGGCGUUAUUGACUCAAAUCACCGGAGGAAAGUCUUUGAAAAAAGUCGAAACCAAAGAAUCAAGUGGAGCUACGGUUGGAAAAGUUCUUUAG